CUUCCAACCUGCGCGUCGCAGUUAUGGACUCUGGUGAACUGCGGUAUAUGUAUACAUAUGUAUUUAUAUAUGUAAGUACAUACAAUAUACCGGGAUCAACAUGGUAGCUUCUAUGGCUAGAUCUUAUAUUCAAUUUUGUUUGCCAAGACAAUUUUUGAUGGAUUCUAUAUGGAGAGAACAAAGUAUAAAUAACAUUUUACAGACUUUUUGUUUAUCACAAGCACAUUACCAAUGUUAUCGUACUUCAUCCAUCUUAUUAAAGAAAAGAGGUUAUAAAGAACAAAAGGAUAUUAAAAUAUUAUUGAAAGAACAGAUUUUGAAAGAUCCUACCAUACCUCUUGAAGAGCCUAAAAGACGAAUUUUACCAACAGUAGAAAUAUGGGAUAAUAUGACUGUUACAGAAUUAGCAAACUCUUCUAAAAAGGCUAUUAACGAUGUUAUAGACUGCCUUUGGAUUAAGCACAAAAAUAUGCAUUUCGAUGAGAAUACUGUUUUAACAGUGCCUUUAGCAGUUGAAGUAAUUAAAGCGUGUGGUGCAAGAGCAAAAGUUAUAGCACCAGGAAAGGUAAAGAAAGAAUCAACAUAUGAGGAUGUUAAACGGCUUCCACCUGAUAAAAGUCAGCUAGUAAAAAGACCACCUAUUGUGACAGUUAUGGGACACGUUGAUCAUGGUAAAACUACUCUGCUGGAUGCAUUAAGACAUUCAGAUGUUGUAAAAUCAGAAUUUGGUGGAAUUACCCAACACAUAGGUGCUUUUAAUGUGACCUUAAAAUCUGGGGAACAAGUUACAUUUUUGGACACUCCAGGACAUGCUGCUUUUAGUUCUAUGAGAUAUAGAGGGGCACAUGUAACAGAUAUUGUGGUACUAGUAGUAGCAGCUGAUGAUGGUGUUAAGGAUCAAACUUUGCAAAGUAUAGAAAUGGCAAAAGAUGCCAAUGUUCCUAUUAUUGUAGCUAUCAAUAAAAUUGACAAACCUAAUGCUAAUAUUAAAAAUACACAAAACGAGCUUGCAAAGCAGGGUAUAAUAGUUGAGGAACUUGGUGGUGAUGUUCAGUGUAUUAAAAUAUCUGCUUUAAAAGGAAUUAAUCUUGAAGAGUUAACAGAAGCAAUAGUGUUACAAGCUGAAAUUAUGAAUUUAAGAGGAGAUCCAACAGGAUUAGUUGAAGGUGUUAUCAUUGAAUGUACUAAUGACGUUGGCCGCGGAAAAUUAGUUACAGCUUUAAUUCAGCGCGGCACUUUGAAAAAGGGAUGUCUUUUAGUGUCGGGAUUAGCAUGGGCAAAAGUGAGAGCUAUGUUUAAUGACUCUGGCCGUCCAACUUUGGAAGCCAAACCAUCAGAAGCGGUACAGAUCAUUGGUUGGAGAGCGUUACCUGAUGUUGGGGAUGAAAUAUUAGAAGUGGAAAAUGACAGAGUACUGCAUAAUAUUCUCAAGCAUAGAGAACAUCAACAAAAUCAAGCGUUAGCUAUGGAACAUAAAAUAAUGGCUGAAAAGAAAGAAGAAAAACACCUGAAGGAAUAUAAGCAAUUUUUGAAAGUAAAAUGGUUGUUUGGAAAGGACAAAUCAGCAUUAAAACAGUUACAGCAAAAACGACAAGAAAAAAACAAAGAAAAAGAGAAGGGAAAAGAGGAGGAUGAUUUACCUACAAUUAACGUCAUUAUCAAGGGAGAUGUAUCGGGGAGUGUUGAAGCAUUAUUGGAUAUUUUAGAUACUUAUCAAUCCGAUAAAAUCUGUCGUUUAAAUAUUGUUCAUUACGGCGUAGGCCCUAUUAUAGAGACAGACGUACAAUUAGCAGAAACAUUUAAUGCAAUUAUUUAUGGUUUUAAUGUAAAUAUACAUAAGAAAUUGGAAAAUGAAAUUAAGCAAAAAGGUAUAUCUCUUCGAUUUUAUAACGUCGUGUAUAAGCUUUUUGACGACCUCAAAGAAGAAAUCAAUAAUAUAUUACCUGAAGUUGAGGUUGAAGAAGUCAUAGGUGAAGCAAAGGUACAACAAAAAUUCGAAAUCAAAGAGGGAAAGAAAAAAGUAUUGGUUGCGGGUUGUCGGUGCGUUAAAGGUGUUCUUUUAAAAUCUGAAUUGUAUAAUGUAAUCAGAAACAAUGAAAUUAUUUACAAAGGAAAAUUAACAUCAAUGAGGCAUUUAAAAGAUGAAGUAUCUUCGAUAGAAACUAAUCUUGAAUGUGGUCUGAGAUUUGAAGAUCCAACUAUACAAUUCCAACCCGGAGACACCAUUGUAUGUUACAAACUACAAACUCAGCGUCUAACAGUUGACUGGGAUCCUGGAUUUUAAGUCUAUAUACACUGCUGGCCAAAAGUAUGGAACCAUCUGAUCCAAAUGAUAUUUUUAUUAAAAUCAGAUGAUUUUUAUUUUUCAGUAUUUAGAAAAUUUCACUGUUCUUAUCAAUAGGCGGUGCCAUACUUUAUGCUAGUGGUACACUUGCAUUUAAAAAGUUACAAACUAAUAUAUUCACACAACAUAAAAUAAAAAUAAAAAAAA